UACCCAGCUUUCCGUUGAAUACAGCGUUUUGCCAAAAAUAUCAGAAAUGCAGUCGAUGACUUGUUGCCUUUUGUGGCUAGGUCGGCCUUACGGUGUCACUAUAAGGCCGGAAUGCUAACGUUGUGGUUCACUGAACGCCCGCGUUUCUACUCCGUUCAUUUUUGUGGUAUGGUCCGGUUGGGACCGACAACCUGCAGGGUUAAAAUGGGGGGUAAACUGAUUAUCGAUUAGGCUAUUUUGCUCGUUAAAUCAAUUCAUUCGGUGGCAAUUCGUCCACGGUAACUAAUGUAUCCACGUCUGUGUGCAUUUGGGCUCAGUUUCCCCGUCGGCCUCACCGGCAAACAUUAGCCGCCUUCCGAGCGCUUUACCCCCGCUGAGAAGUGGCUAGUGACCGCUCUGUGCACGGUGGAGCAUGCAGCUACUGCUUGCAUAUGUUGAGAACCUGUUUAUAGCUCCAUAAAUACCACGUGGUGUUGACCGACAUGUUUGAAAUAAGUGCUUUUUUGUUUCAAUGGACUGUAUUCGGCAACAAAUCAUAUCAUCGAUCAAUUUUCUUCAUUAUUGCUUGUCCACAUUAGGGUCACGGGUAAGCUGGAGCCUAUCCCAGUUGACAUCGGGCGAGAGGCGGGUACACCCUACCUGGUCACUAGCCAAUCGCAAGGCGCGUAUAGACAAACAAGGAAGGCCAAAAUGCUAAGCACGCGCCCACCAUGUAAAUUCAGUUUCAUUUCUUAUAUUCUAAAUCUCCCAGAUGUCAUUUAUUUGCUGUAAACCAGGGUUGUCCAAGAUUUUCCACCGAGGGCUGCAUACAAAAAACCGGAAGGAUGCUGAAGCUACUUUGAUACAUUUUGUGCGUUAAAGAUGCUAAAACCAAUCCGAUGUAUGUAAGUCAAUAUAUGCUAAGAUUAGCUAGUCUUCCGUGUCAUAGAUGACAAAGCAAACUAGUGUCAUAUCCAACAAAGAAAAAAGGUAGCGCCAAAUUCACUUCUGGCGGGCCAACCUCUAUCAUGACUUCUCUAGCUACUAUUUGUCCCUCGAUAGACCCACUGACCGAGGUUCCCCCGGGUUUCCUUGCCUCUGUCGCCAAAUGCACCCUCAUGUGGGGUUUGUUUUCUUUCAUGUAGGAGGGCGGUUGUGAAGCGGAUGAAACAGACUUUGCUUUACACAAUUACAGAAAUAUUAGCAAGUGAGAUGUAGCGCAGCUCUACAGUCACAUAGUAAACAUGUUAAAUGAAAACAUCAAUAAAAGCUGAGCACAAUUCAAUUUGUAAAGGCAACAUGAAAUGACAUCCGUGUCCAGCAGGUGUCCCUGAGUGUCUCAGGUGGGCUGAGGUUGCAGGACGUGUUGCCAUGGAAGCCAAGCCAGAGCAGGCCGCUGUGUGGAGUCAGUCUGCCAACGCGGAAUCAGCCGAGGCGACACAGGUGCAUUUUGAAAGUGGCACAGUGGCCCAGAUAGUCUACAGCGGAGACAGUGGAGGCCAGGCCGAGGGUGGUCAGCAGCAGGUGGUCUACACAGCAGACGGCAGCUCGUACACCUCAGUGGAGUCUGCUGAGCACACGCUUGUCUACAUCCACCCUGCAGAUGGCACGCAGGCCGUGUUUGCAGACCAGCCUCAAGUGGCGUACAUUCAGCAAGAUGGCACCACUCAGCAAGUGGCGGUUUUGCUGCCGAGCGGGCAAAACAUGAACGCCGCCAGCCUGCACGUGCUCAGUAACGUGGCAGAGGCUCCACAGGCCGCACUGGAGCCAGCGUCCCAAGAGCACCUGUCCGUAUCGAACUCGCUGUCUGACAUGGCAGACCCCCCAUCCAGCCCACUGGGGGCCAUCGACACCACGGAUGACACGGAUGAAGAAGACGACGAAGACUCGGAGAUGGACGACUGGGAGCCUCGUCAGCCGUUCAACCCUCACAACCUCUGGUGCGAGGAGUGCAACAAUGCCAACCCCUCAGAGUGUCUGGACCACGGCCCCCUGCACCCCGUCCCCAACAGGCCGGUGAUGUCCCGGGCCCGGGCCAGCCUUCCCCUAGUCCUCUACAUCGAUCGCUUCCUGGGAGGGGUCUUCUGCAAGAGACGCAUCCCCAAGCGCACCCAGUUUGGCCCCGUGGAGGGGCCCCUGGUUCCUGAGAGCGAGUUGCAGGACAACUACAUUCAUCUGAAACUUAGCGUGCUGGAUGCGGAGAAAGAUGGAGAGAAAUCCGAGGACGCUUGGUUGGACCUCUCCGACGAGGACAGCUGCAACUGGAUGAUGUUUGUCAGGCCUGCCGAGAACCAUCUGGAGCAGAACCUGGUGGCGUAUCAGUACGGCGCUGAGAUCUUCUACACCUCCAUCAAGAACAUCGAACCCAAACAAGAACUGAAGGUGUGGUAUGCAGCAUCUUAUGCUGACUUUGUCAACCGGAAGAUCCACAGUGUUACGGAGGAAGAGAGGAAAGUUCUGCGGGAGCAGGAGAAGAACUGGCCUUGUUACGAGUGCAGCCGGCGCUUUGUGAGCUCUGAACAACUUCAGCAGCAUCUCAACCUACACGACAACAUGAUCCACUCCGUUAGCAGGUCUAGAGGUCGCGGCCGAGGGAGAGGCAGGAGGCGAUUCGGGACGGGAAGGAGACCAGGACGUCCACCUAAAUUCAUACGUUUGGAUACACCAGUAGAAGAUGAUAUGGACAAGACGACAGAGAUGCUGGAGCUGGCAGAGGCACAGCCGCUGGAGGAGCCUGCAGAGGCGGCUCAGAACGGCGUGGAGGUGAUUGUGUCGGAGCCCGACACCGAGGUGGAGGGACAAAUGAUGUCGGACUCCGGUGAGCCUUCCACUGCCCAGCCCUCCGGCGUGGACCUGACUGUCCCGACGAAGGAGGACCCUGCACAGAGCCAAUCGGAACAAUCGGAAGCUCAAGUCUCAUCUCAGGACAUGCGGCGCGUGAAAAGGAUACGGAAUGUGGCGCUGCAGCAUCAUUUCAUCCGGAAGAGCUUCCGUCCCUUCAAGUGCAAACACUGCGACAAGGCCUUCCGCGACAAGGACAAGCUGGACCAGCACCUGCGGGUCCAUGGCCGCGACACCUUCGUCUUCCCCUGCCACCUGUGCAGUAAGACCUUCAUGACCGACACGGCGCUGGACGACCACCUGCUUGUGCACACGGCGAGCCGCGCAUACUCGUGUCUCUUGUGCGCCGAGACCUUCGAGAGGCUGGACUUACUCAGAGACCACAUCGAGGUGCACGGUGUGGACGGGACCUUCACCUGCCCGUCCUGCAAGAAGACCUUUGCAGACUUUAUCCAGGUCAAGAAGCACAUCCGCUGUUUCCACUCAGCGAAGAUCUUCCAGUGCCCAAACUGUGAAAAAGCCUUCUGUCGGCCGGACAAGCUGCGGCUACACAUGCUGCGCCACUCCGAUCGUAGGGACUUCCUCUGCUCGACGUGCGGCAAACAGUUCAAGAGGAAAGAUAAGCUGCGGGAGCACAUGCAGCGUAUGCACAAUCCCGAGCGGGAGGCCAAGAAGGCCGAGCGCAUCCUCCGCUCCAAAAACCUCAAAUUGAAGGCCCCCACCACUGACUUUGAGAGCUUUAUGUUCAAGUGCAGGCUGUGCAUGAUGGGAUUCCGACGCCGGGGAAUGCUGGUCAAUCAUUUGUCUAAGCGUCACCCUGAAAUGCGUGUGGACGACGUCCCUGAGCUGACGCUGCCCAUCAUCAAGCCCAACAGGGACUACUUCUGCCAGUAUUGUGACAAGGUAUAUAAGAGCGCCAGCAAGAGGAAGUCACACAUACUGAAGAACCACCCGGGCGCAGAGUUGCCCCCCAGCAUCCGCAAGCUGCGUCCGGCUGCUCCUGGCGAGCCUGACCCGAUGCUGACCACGCAUACGCAGCUGGCCGGCACCAUCGCCUACGCACCCGUCUGCUGUCCGCACUGCGCCAAACAGUACAGCAGCAAGACUAAGAUGGUGCAGCACAUCAGGAAGAAGCACCCAGAGUUCGCUCAGCUCGUCAACACCAUCCAAGCUCCUCUGGCCACGGCAGUCAUCAGCAGCACUCCCGCCGUCAUCAGCGCAGAUGGCACAGCCGCCGAGGCUGUGGUGACCACCGACUUGUUGACGCAGGCCAUGACGGAGCUCUCCCAGACGCUCACAACAGACUACAGAACGGCACAGGGAGACUACCAGAGGAUCCAGUACAUCCCUGUGUCCCAGGCAGGAGGCAGCCUGUCCCAGCCGCAGCACAUUCAGCUCCAGGUGGUCCAGGUGGCGCCGGCUUCUUCCCCUCAUUCCCAGCAGCCGGCUGUGGAUGUUGGCCCGCUGCAUGACCCGCAUGGCUACAGCCAGCACUCCAUCCAGGUCCAGCACAUCCAAGUCACAGAGCCCUCAGCAUCUGGACAAGGUGUCACCCAGGUCAAUGCCCAACCUCUGAGCCCCAACUCCCAACAGACCAAUCAAGAGCUGAGCCCUGCCCAGUUGACUCCCGUCACCCUGGCUCAGAACCACAGCCUCCAGAGCAGCAGCAAUAGCAGCAGCACUACCCAGCAGCAGCAGCAGCAGGGCGCGGUGCAGCACGCCUACAUACCUGGCAACUGGAACUACAGAAGCUACCCUUCGGAGAUCCAAAUGAUGGCCCUGCCUCACGCGCAGUACGUCAUCGCUGAGGCCGCCACACCGGUGAGUGGAGCCAACAGCAGCCAGGUGAAAACGACGCACUACGUGAUCUCUGAAGGUCAGACCGAGCUGGACGCAAAGCCGUCGGGUCCUCCGACCUCUGGUCAGAACCACGGUGAACAUCUGGAGCAGCCGAGCGGCCAGCAAGCCACCACGCAGUACAUCAUCACCACCACCACCAACGGGAGCGGCGCCAGCGAGGUCCACAUCACCAAACCCUGAACAUUUGGACUGCUCCUGUUGCACGCCGACCUCGGCUGUUUUUUUUUUUAAGCAAGUGGACAUUAAAAAAACUAACAAAAAAAAACUGCCGAGGACAAAGUGAAGGCCAGCACAGUUUUAUGUGUUAAGUGUUAGAAAGUUGUUGUAACACACCACGCUGCUAGAAACUCAACGAGUGACAAAUAAUAGAAGUUAUUAUUAAAGAACAUAUCCAAACUGACCUCACGGAGGGGGGCGGAGCCUCAUGGACGUCUUGCUGAGUCAUCAUUUUGGACAUCUUGCACAUACUUGAGCAGUAAUUUUUUUUUUUUUUGUGCACCAUAGGAAAUGAAAACAGCAGUCGUCAUGUUUUCUUGCUGCAUUUGCUUGACUUUUUAGGAUUGAUUUUCCCCCUUUAUGUUGUGUCCAAACCACAAGACGUACGUUUUUAUAGUAAAAUGUAUCCGGGUAUAUUUUUUUUAAAUGCACUUUUCAUUGUUGUGGACAUGCUGAAAAGAGACUUCUCAAAAGGUAGUACUAUUUUGCAUGUAUUCAUAUAUAUUAUAUUAAUAUAUCCCAUUAAGAGCAUUGAGAACAUGCAGUAAUAUUGUAUUAUGUGUAAUGUGAGCUCAUCACAGUCGAGUGUUUGCAUCUGAGUGAUUGAGAGGGCAGGAAGCGGCUCGCUUGCGUCGUCGUCGGCAUCCACCUUGCAGGGGCGGGGCGGGGCUCGGCUCCUCCGCCUUGAGUAGAUAAAUAAAUCCCAGCGCUCGACCUGUUUAACGAGCUCCACAAGUCGCAGAACUCUCGGCAUGUUGCUCUUUUUGUCUCAAAGCGUACCUGCUCGGUUCCCAAUGCCUCAGCUGAUGCUCGACAGGCCCAAAGGUCACGGGGGCCCGGGUCCCUGUGCGAGGGCGGCUCUGGACCGGGCCCUCCGGCGGCAGUGGGGGCAGGGGGAAGCUGCUGCUGAGAUGAGGCCGGAGCCUCACAGGUGAGUUGUGUCACACGCCAGCAUGACUAUGAGUACUUACCUUUUCAUGCUUCACGCUGCCAUGAAAUGUUUUUUUUACUAUACAACUUGAUAUCAUUAUGACUUAUGCUUGGAGGUGAGUUGUUUGUCAUAUUUUUAUUCCAAUAAUUGGAUAAAUCUGGUAACGGAAAUUAUAGAAGCAAAUGAAUACCAAUUUGUGU